AUGGCGAGUGCUACGGGUGUUCCGGAGCGGUUCCCUUCCAUCGAGGAUAGAGAAACAGAGCCCCUUCUUGGCCGGCCCGGCGAUGCCGCACAAGAAGAUGGCGUCCCUAUGAUCAAAAACCUGGUUCUUGGAACCGGUAUAGUCGCCCAGCUGGGCGUUGUACUACUCACGAUCUUGGUCUGGGCCAGCGUCCUAUCAAAGCCGUUGAUCCUUUUCUCAGCGCAUCCGUUACUUCAGUCGCUGGCUGUACUCACCUUGGCGCAGUCUGUUCUAAGUUUACAACCUACGCAUACAGCUGAGCAGAAGCGCGUCGGUCAGCGUGUCCACGCCAUCCUCAACCUCGUGGCCUUCUUGAUCCUCGUAGCUGGCGUGACUAUCAUCGAAUACAACAAGUUUGCCAACAACGGUGCUCACUUCCACUCUGUCCACGGAUAUCUUGGCGUCAUCACCUCCAUCGUGCUUCUUCUUCAGUAUGGCGUCGGCUUCACCAUGUGGGCUACUCCCAGUUUGUACGGAGGCGUCGACAACGCCAAGGCUGUGUGGAAGUACCACCGCUGGAGCGGAUACACCAUCUUUGUCCUCCUCUUGGCUACAGUCACUAGUGCCGCCGAGACCGACUACAACAAGAACGUACUGAAGAUGAAGCUGUGGGCCGUCCUUUUGCUGUCCAUUGUGACGCUGGUGGGUAUUGUUCCUCGGAUCCAGAAGCAAAAGCUGGGUUUCCGAGGCCCAACUUCAACUUAA